GGCGGACAACCUGCCGUCCGAGUUUGAUGUGGUGGUGAUCGGGACCGGAAGAGCUCCCACGGUCAGCUCAGGAUGUUAACUGGAGCACAAAAGGGAAGAUCUUCACUUCUAAAUGUUACUGGGUCUCAUGUGACAUGAGGAAUGGUGUUUUGGGAGUUCAUUAAUCUGUCACAUUGUGUCCUUCAGAUUUGAAACUACUUUUCUAACAAUUUGGAAUAGAAUGAGUUUGCCUGAAUCUAUUAUUGCAGCGGCAUGUGCCAGAAGUGGCCAGAGGGUUCUUCAUGUUGAUUCGAGAAAUUACUAUGGUGGAAACUGGGCCAGCUUUAGUUUUUCAGGAUUGUUGUCCUGGAUUAAAGAAAAUCAGCAAAAGACAGAUAUCUGUGAUGAAUGUGAAGACUGGACAAAACUGAUCCUUGAGAAUGAAGAAGUUAUUUCUCUUAGCAAGAAGGAUAAAACUAUUCAACAUGUAGAAGAUUUCUGUUUUGGCGAUCAGGAUUCAGCUGAAGAUGUUGAAGAAGCUGGUGCAUUGCCAAAGCUGCCUGUCUUUGGAGCUUCUGGUGCUGAGGAGGCUGCUCAAGAAUCAGAAAAAGAGUGCCCACCAUCGGAGAGUGCCUUACUGGAGGCGGAGAGCCAGGAACCAGCAAAGGCUACAGGCGCUGAGCCAGCAGCCGCAGUGGAAGGGAAGGAUGCAGAAAUAACCUCUGAGAAUGAAAGUUCUCAUAGUAUGGCUUUAGGCGAGUCCACCCUGGAAUUGGGAAAAACUGAAGUUGCACCUUCAGAAAUUUCUGCCCAAGAACCAAAGAAAAUUACGUAUUCCCAAAUUGUUAGAGAAGGCAGAAGGUUUAAUAUUGAUUUAGUUUCCAAGUUGCUUUACUCUCGAGGUCUGUUAAUUGACCUUCUGAUUAAGUCGAAUGUUAGCAGAUAUGCAGAGUUUAAAAAUGCGACACGAAUUCUUGCCUUUCGAGAAGGAAAAAUUGAACAGGUACCUUGUUCUAGAGCAGAUGUCUUCAACAGCAGACAGCUUACUAUGGUGGAAAAGAGAAUGCUAAUGAAAUUUUUGACAUUUUGUUUGGACUAUGAACAACACCCUGAUGAAUACCAAGACUAUGAGAGCAGUACAUUUGCUCAGUUCUUAAGAACACAGAAGCUGACACCCAGCUUGCAGCACUUCAUUCUUCACUCUAUUGCAAUGGUUUCAGAGACUGAUUGCAGCACUCUUGAAGGUCUUCAGGCAACAAAAAAAUUUCUUCAGUGCCUUGGCCGCUAUGGCAAUACACCAUUUUUGUUUCCUCUGUAUGGUCAAGGAGAGAUCCCACAGUGCUUCUGCAGGAUGUGUGCUGUGUUUGGUGGUAUCUAUUGUCUUCGCCAUUCUGUGCAGUGCCUUGUAGUGGACACAGAAUCUGGACGAUGCAAAGCUAUUGUGGAUCAUUUUGGACAAAGAAUAAGUGCUAACUAUUUUAUUGUGGAAGAUAGUUACCUUUCAGAGAACGUAUGUAGAAAUGUGUGUUACAGACAGAUCUCAAGAGCAGUGCUCAUUACAGAUCAGUCUGUACUAAACACAGAUUCAGAGCAGCAGAGUUUCCAAACUGUCAUCCUUUUGGAAAGGGCUGUGAUAGGAGGUUUUCUUUCUGUUCCGCUGCCACAGACGUUCUUGACAAAGGUGGCCUUGCUGACUUGGGUAGAAAUUCUUGAAUGCUCAAAUUCUGCGAGAUUGAUUGCACAAGUGGUUUCCAUUUUGACAGUGCCUCCAGUGGAUCUGGGAAGACCAGCAGUUUGCGUCAUUGAGUUGUGUUCCUCAACCAUGACAUGCAUGAAGGACACUUAUUUAGUCCAUUUAACCUGUCCAUCAACUAAAACUGCUAGGGAAGAUUUAGAGCCUGUUGUACAGAAGUUAUUCAAUCUAAAUACCGAAAAAGAGACUGAAAAUGAAGAACUGGAAAAACCUAGAGUCCUCUGGGCAGUCUACUUCAACAUGAGAGAUUCUUCAGGAAUCGAAAAAAGUUCAUAUGAUGGCUUACCCUCAAACGUUUAUGUCUGUUCUGGACCAGACUCUGCUUUAGGAAAUGACUGUGCUGUCAAACAGGCUGAGACUGUUUUCCAAGAAAUGUUUCCUGCAGAGGAAUUUUGCCCACCACCACCAAAUCCAGAAGAUAUUAUUUAUGAUGAAGAUGAGAUUGCACCAGAAGAGUCUGGAUUUGAUAAUUCACCAGAGACAAAACCUGAACCCUCAAGUGAAGAAAGCAGUAGCGGAGAUAGUUCUGCUGUUAAGAAGGAAGAUAAUGAAGAAUGAAUUAGCUCUGUUCUCUUAGUAGAAGAGGAGGUUGAUCCAAACUAAAAUGUAAGGGAGGAGGGGUAAGAAAAAGAGGUUUCGAAAAACCAUAGCCGUAUUAUUUGCAAUUGCCUUACUUAGCUUGAAUACUCUUUCCUCAUCAAAUAGUUUCAUUGAUAGCUGAGAUAUUUCUGAAUAGUCAUAGGCUCACCAGAUCCAGGGGUGUUUGUAGCUAAACAAAAACCAUAAACCAAAGCAUUUGAAUUUAAAAAGCUAAAAUAGGAUUCAUGAUUUGUUGAGAGAAUUUGGUUUUGUUUUGUAUCUUGGAAGGAAUCCUCCUCCUUUUAAACAGGCAACAAGUAGCAACUAAUCAAAAGAAAGAAUGUACAAGUUUGCUCACCAGUCAGAAGAUGAUCUUCUGAGACACAUGUCGCAGUUCUACUAAAAAUCAUUGGGUCUGUGCUAAUGAAACAGUUGAAGGUGAGCUUCACAAUCUGUCCUUCAAAGUGGUCUUAUGAAUGGAACUUAAAGGCAAUAAAUAUUGACAGUUCUGGGGUGGCUUUAGAAUAUGUAAUAUUUGUCAUGUUUAAUUUGUAUCAUGAAAAAUUUCUUGUCUGGUUUUGAAAUUGAUGCCAUAAUUUAGAGGCAAAUAUAAUCCAAUAGAUGUUCCUCACAUUAAACUAUUUCACAUCAAAAUUGUUUAAAAAGAUCUAGUAGUUGCACAAUCACACAUUUACACUAGUGACCUAAUUUACUGUAGUUAGGAAAAUAGCACAAUUAAUGCUAGACUUCCCGACAAAAAUCAUAGAUGAAGCGUACAUGUUGUUAGCUUCCCUGGAUUUGUCGCAUUGCUUGGGCCUUUAAUAAGAGAGUAGUUAAUUUUUUGAAGUGUGGCGUCUGAGGAGUUUAGAUGAUCAUUAAUUGAGGGGUUUUGUGGUGGGGAAAAGGUUCAACUGAUAAUUCCAAAGGUUUGUAUUGAUCCCAGUUCAUAGGAUUAAAAUUAGUGUGAUAGCUGUAAAUUAUGCAUUUUGUAAUGAUAAAUCAUAAAGCAUUUAUAUCAUAAAAUUUAUUGAAGUAUUUAUAAGCCUAGUUUGUAUGAAAAAUUACAAAAUGAGAAAGCUGUUGUAAAUGACCAUGAUAAACUUGCACUUCUUCUGAACAAUGCUUGAAAUUAGAUAUCCAGGUGAUGAAAAAUAUUUAGCAUUCCCUUAAAGAUUUACCUUAAAAUGUACACCCAAUAGAUUAGUAGUAUAUUUAAAUAUAGAGAUCAGUGAAUUUUGAUGAGUCGGGGUUUAAACUUCUACAUGAACUUAAGAUAUAGUUCUAGCAGUGCUUAAAUACUGUACGUAAAUAAAAAAUGCCAUUGAAUGAUGAAUAUUCAGCACUGCUUGAACUUGACGCAUCCAGGCUUUUGUACAGUUUUGCGGUGCACGUGCCUGCCUUUAAAACGGCUUCAUGCCAUAAAGGUUAAUUUAUUUAUUUUUUUACAGCAUAACUGAUACAGUUCACUUCACUUUGUCUUGCAUCAUAAUGCGUUGUCCAAUUUGCAUUUCAAAAACCAGUUUGUUAGUGUUUACGUUCUGUUUAUUGGAUAGGUACCAUUGUGUGUAUAAUCCCAAAGUCCUCAGAAAAAUAGGUGGUUGAAAUGUUUCCAAUGUUAAACAACAGUUAUCUUUGGAUGCUUGUGAUUGAGCAGUUAUUUAUAUAUAGUAAUAAGCAGACUGCCUCUUCAUUUAGCUGUAAUUUUUAUGUGUAUUGGAAAGCAUGAGUGUAUGGUAAUUGUAUUUAACAUCUACAGAUCUGUAAAAGAACUAAGUGGAGGACCUAGUCCCUGUUAGUCUUUCAAUAACAGGGAUCACAGUUGAAUUUUUCAUCUUCUAUGUUUACAAGGAAGCUGUUUGAUGAAAAUUAAAGGUUUGCUUGCAAGUGC